AUGGGCAUCAAGCGAGAGUACCAGACCACGGAGUUUGCACAGCUAGUGGUUCGGGCCAGGAGCAGCAGGAGCAAGGAUCAUGCCAAGGGAAUCGAAGUUGAGGAGCCUGAAGCACUGAAGCCCGAGACGCUAAGUUUGAAAGCAGUGGAUGAUUUGACCGAUGUCCUUGAGGUCCCAAAGCUCUCCAAGUCUGUAGGUGAGGAGGAGAGGCUGGAAAUCGAAAGGCCUCUGACUGCUGCUGAGCAGAUCAUCCUGCUUUCCCGGUGUCAGUAUAUUUGGGCCUCCAGCAACCCCAACGACGAAAUGGUGCUUCAAGAGAUCAAUGCCCUGGCGCAGCGUGUUGUUCAGACAGAGGACAAGGCCAGGGAGGAGGAAGCAAACGAAGGGCCGCUUUUCACAGCUAACUGGCUGACCUUCAGCUGCGGCCUUUGGUAUCGCUGCCGAGCCGAGCAUCAUCGGAAUAAGACUCGGGAGCGCGCGGCGUUCCAAUUGCAAUCGCUGGUGGAUCAAUUUGCUGAUCAACGCCCCUCUGCCUCGCACCGCCUUCGCCUUGUUCACAGCGCCGGGUAUCCUGCCCGAUUCCAUCUGCAACAUGAGAUGGCAACGCGCAUGAUGCGAAUGGGCAUGAUGAGUACAGCGCAUGAGCAGUUCAAGAAGCUUCGAAUGUGGCCCGAGGCCGUGGAGUGCUUGAUCUGUGCCGAGCGAAAUGUGGAGGCUGAGGACAUGGUGAAGGAGCUUAUUGACAAACAACCUUCAGCUCGACUCUGGUGUUGCCUGGGAGACAUCACCAAGGAUCCGGCACACUACGAGAAGGCCUGGGAGGUCUCGAAGAAGCGUUUUGCGCGGGCUCAGCGAGCACUGGGCAAGUACUACUUCGAGAAGAAGCAACUGGCAAAGGCCGUGGAGUCCUUCAAGUUGGCCUUAGACAUCAACCCCAUGUUCGAGGGCAUUUGGUUCACUUUAG